AUGCGAAAAUACACUAGCUUUGAACCUAAAGAACCUGUAGUUCUAGAACCACCAAAGAACCAACCUUUCACAUUGAAACAGUUGAGUGAAUAUGAUGGGAAUCAGAAAAAGCAGGUGUACGUUUCGAUUAACGGAACAAUAUUCGAUGUGACUCCAAAGCGUGAAUUGUAUGGAGAUGGCGGAAGAUAUCACAUGUUUGCAGCAAAAGAUGCAAGUAGACCAUUGGGAAAAAUGUCAUUCGAUGAGGCUGAUACAGAUUCAUCGAUUAGUUGGGAUUGCAGUGAUUUGACAGAAAAACAGAUCUCCACGAAAGAUGACUGGUAUACCUAUUUCAGCAAACGGUACAACAUUGUUGGGAAGGUGACAGAUAUUCCAAAGAAAUGA